AUGCUCGCACGACCAGGAGGUACUCGAGUCUGUCCGGCCAUUGGUCGGCGCGUGCAGGCCUACUUGUCGGCGCUGGCGACCGAGACGAACGCGACGCUCGGAGCUGCGUGCGAUGCGAAGGAGGCGACCCCGUCGGUGGCUGGAUCGGAUGUGGGCAGUACGUGUCGAAAUGGUCGGUCGAUCAAUGGUGGCGAUAGGAUGAACGCGCUCGCGUUGCGUGUGGCAGCUCUCGGUGCCGUGCUGACCCGCUGCUACAUCCCAUCCACGGAUCCAACCAUGCUCGCACGACCAGGAGGUACUCGAGUCUGUCCGGCCAUUGGUCGGCGCGUGCAGGCCUACUUGUCGGCGCUGGCCACCGAGACGAACGCGACGCUCGGAGCUGCGUGCGAUGCGAAGGAGGCGACCCCGUCGGUGGCUGGAUCGGAUGUGGGCAGUACGUGUCGAAAUGGUCGGUCGAUCAAUGGUGGCGAUAGGAUGAACGCGCUCGCGUUGCGUGUGGCAGCUCUCGGUGCCGUGCUGACCCGCUGCUACAUCCCAUCCACGGAUCCAACCAUGCUCGCACGACCAGGAGGUACUCGAGUCUGUCCGGCCAUUGGUCGGCGCGUGCAGGCCUACUUGUCGGCGCUGGCCACCGAGACGAACGCGACGCUCGGAGCUGCGUGCGAUGCGAAGGAGGCGACCCCGUCGGUGGCUGGAUCGGAUGUGGGCAGUACGUGUCGAAAUGGUCGGUCGAUCAAUGGUGGCGAUAGGAUGAACGCGCUCGCGUUGCGUGUGGCAGCUCUCGGUGCCGUGCUGACCCGCUGCUACAUCCCAUCCACGGAUCCAACCAUGCUCGCACGACCAGGAGGUACUCGAGUCUGUCCGGCCAUUGGUCGGCGCGUGCAGGCCUACUUGUCGGCGCUGGCCACCGAGACGAACGCGACGCUCGGAGCUGCGUGCGAUGCGAAGGAGGCGACCCCGUCGGUGGCUGGAUCGGAUGUGGGCAGUACGUGUCGAAAUGGUCGGUCGAUCAAUGGUGGCGAUAGGAUGAACGCGCUCGCGUUGCGUGUGGCAGCUCUCGGUGCCGUGCUGACCCGCUGCUACAUCCCAUCCACGGAUCCAACCAUGCUCGCACGACCAGGAGGUACUCGAGUCUGUCCGGCCAUUGGUCGGCGCGUGCAGGCCUACUUGUCGGCGCUGGCCACCACGAACGCGACGCUCGGAGCUGCGUGCGAUGCGAAGGAGGCGACCCCGUCGGUGGCUGGAUCGGAUGUGGGCAGUACGUGUCGAAAUGGUCGGUCGAUCAAUGGUGGCGAUAGGAUGAACGCGCUCGCGUUGCGUGUGGCAGCUCUCGGUGCCGUGCUGACCCGCUGCUACAUCCCAUCCACGGAUCCAACCAUGCUCGCACGACCAGGAGGUACUCGAGUCUGUCCGGCCAUUGGUCGGCGCGUGCAGGCCUACUUGUCGGCGCUGGCCACCACGAACGCGACGCUCGGAGCUGCGUGCGAUGCGAAGGAGGCGACCCCGUCGGUGGCUGGAUCGGAUGUGGGCAGUACGUGUCGAAAUGGUCGGUCGAUCAAUGGUGGCGAUAGGAUGAACGCGCUCGCGUUGCGUGUGGCAGCUCUCGGUGCCGUGCUGACCCGCUGCUACAUCCCAUCCACGGAUCCAACCAUGCUCGCACGACCAGGAGGUACUCGAGUCUGUCCGGCCAUUGGUCGGCGCGUGCAGGCCUACUUGUCGGCGCUGGCGACCACGAACGCGACGCUCGGAGCUGCGUGCGAUGCGAAAGAGGCGACCCCGUCGGUGGCUGGAUCGGAUGUGGGCAGUACGUGUCGAAAUGGUCGGUCGAUCAAUGGUGGCGAUAGGAUGAACGCGCUCGCGUUGCGUGUGGCAGCUCUCGGUGCCGUGCUGACCCGCUGCUACAUCCCAUCCACGGAUCCAACCAUGCUCGCACGACCAGGAGGUACUCGAGUCUGUCCGGCCAUUGGUCGGCGCGUGCAGGCCUACUUGUCGGCGCUGGCCACCACGAACGCGACGCUCGGAGCUGCGUGCGAUGCGAAGGAGGCGACCCCGUCGGUGGCUGGAUCGGAUGUGGGCAGUACGUGUCGAAAUGGUCGGUCGAUCAAUGGUGGCGAUAGGAUGAACGCGCUCGCGUUGCGUGUGGCAGCUCUCGGUGCCGUGCUGACCCGCUGCUACAUCCCAUCCACGGAUCCAACCAUGCUCGCACGACCAGGAGGUACUCGAGUCUGUCCGGCCAUUGGUCGGCGCGUGCAGGCCUACUUGUCGGCGCUGGCCACCACGAACGCGACGCUCGGAGCUGCGUGCGAUGCGAAGGAGGCGACCCGAUCGGUGGCUGGAUCGGAUGUGGGCAGUACGUGUCGAAAUGGUCGGUCGAUCAAUGGUGGCGAUAGGAUGAACGCGCUCGCGUUGCGUGUGGCAGCUCUCGGUGCCGUGCUGACCCGCUGCUACAUCCCAUCCACGGAUCCAACCAUGCUCGCACGACCAGGAGGUACUCGAGUCUGUCCGGCCAUUGGUCGGCGCGUGCAGGCCUACUUGUCGGCGCUGGCCACCACGAACGCGACGCUCGGAGCUGCGUGCGAUGCGAAGGAGGCGACCCGAUCGGUGGCUGGAUCGGAUGUGGGCAGUACGUGUCGAAAUGGUCGGUCGAUCAAUGGUGGCGAUAGGAUGAACGCGCUCGCGUUGCGUGUGGCAGCUCUCGGUGCCGUGCUGACCCGCUGCUACAUCCCAUCCACGGAUCCAACCAUGCUCGCACGACCAGGAGGUACUCGAGUCUGUCCGGCCAUUGGUCGGCGCGUGCAGGCCUACUUGUCGGCGCUGGCGACCACGAACGCGACGCUCGGAGCUGCGUGCGAUGCGAAGGAGGCGACCCCGUCGGUGGCUGGAUCGGAUGUGGGCAGUACGUGUCGAAAUGGUCGGUCGAUCAAUGGUGGCGAUAGGAUGAACGCGCUCGCGUUGCGUGUGGCAGCUCUCGGUGCCGUGCUGACCCGCUGCUACAUCCCAUCCACGGAUCCAACCAUGCUCGCACGACCAGGAGGUACUCGAGUCUGUCCGGCCAUUGGUCGGCGCGUGCAGGCCUACUUGUCGGCGCUGGCGACCACGAACGCGACGCUCGGAGCUGCGUGCGAUGCGAAGGAGGCGACCCGAUCGGUGGCUGGAUCGGAUGUGGGCAGUACGUGUCGAAAUGGUCGGUCGAUCAAUGGUGGCGAUAGGAUGAACGCGCUCGCGUUGCGUGUGGCAGCUCUCGGUGCCGUGCUGACCCGCUGCUACAUCCCAUCCACGGAUCCAACCAUGCUCGCACGACCAGGAGGUACUCGAGUCUGUCCGGCCAUUGGUCGGCGCGUGCAGGCCUACUUGUCGGCGCUGGCGACCACGAACGCGACGCUCGGAGCUGCGUGCGAUGCGAAGGAGGCGACCCGAUCGGUGGCUGGAUCGGAUGUGGGCAGUACGUGUCGAAAUGGUCGGUCGAUCAAUGGUGGCGAUAGGAUGAACGCGCUCGCGUUGCGUGUGGCAGCUCUCGGUGCCGUGCUGACCCGCUGCUACAUCCCAUCCACGGAUCCAACCAUGCUCGCACGACCAGGAGGUACUCGAGUCUGUCCGGCCAUUGGUCGGCGCGUGCAGGCCUACUUGUCGGCGCUGGCGACCACGAACGCGACGCUCGGAGCUGCGUGCGAUGCGAAGGAGGCGACCCCGUCGGUGGCUGGAUCGGAUGUGGGCAGUACGUGUCGAAAUGGUCGGUCGAUCAAUGGUGGCGAUAGGAUGAACGCGCUCGCGUUGCGUGUGGCAGCUCUCGGUGCCGUGCUGACCCGCUGCUACAUCCCAUCCACGGAUCCAACCAUGCUCGCACGACCAGGAGGUACUCGAGUCUGUCCGGCCAUUGGUCGGCGCGUGCAGGCCUACUUGUCGGCGCUGGCGACCACGAACGCGACGCUCGGAGCUGCGUGCGAUGCGAAGGAGGCGACCCGAUCGGUGGCUGGAUCGGAUGUGGGCAGUACGUGUCGAAAUGGUCGGUCGAUCAAUGGUGGCGAUAGGAUGAACGCGCUCGCGUUGCGUGUGGCAGCUCUCAGUGCCGUGCUGACCCGCUGCUACAUCCCAUCCACGGAUCCAACCAUGCUCGCACGACCAGGAGGUACUCGAGUCUGUCCGGCCAUUGGUCGGCGCGUGCAGGCCUACUUGUCGGCGCUGGCGACCACGAACGCGACGCUCGGAGCUGCGUGCGAUGCGAAGGAGGCGACCCGAUCGGUGGCUGGAUCGGAUGUGGGCAGUACGUGUCGAAAUGGUCGGUCGAUCAAUGGUGGCGAUAGGAUGAACGCGCUCGCGUUGCGUGUGGCAGCUCUCGGUGCCGUGCUGACCCGCUGCUACAUCCCAUCCACGGAUCCAACCAUGCUCGCACGACCAGGAGGUACUCGAGUCUGUCCGGCCAUUGGUCGGCGCGUGCAGGCCUACUUGUCGGCGCUGGCGACCACGAACGCGACGCUCGGAGCUGCGUGCGAUGCGAAGGAGGCGACCCGAUCGGUGGCUGGAUCGGAUGUGGGCAGUACGUGUCGAAAUGGUCGGUCGAUCAAUGGUGGCGAUAGGAUGAACGCGCUCGCGUUGCGUGUGGCAGCUCUCGGUGCCGUGCUGACCCGCUGCUACAUCCCAUCCACGGAUCCAACCAUGCUCGCACGACCAGGAGGUACUCGAGUCUGUCCGGCCAUUGGUCGGCGCGUGCAGGCCUACUUGUCGGCGCUGGCCACCACGAACGCGACGCUCGGAGCUGCGUGCGAUGCGAAGGAGGCGACCCCGUCGGUGGCUGGAUCGGAUGUGGGCAGUACGUGUCGAAAUGGUCGGUCGAUCAAUGGUGGCGAUAGGAUGAACGCGCUCGCGUUGCGUGUGGCAGCUCUCGGUGCCGUGCUGACCCGCUGCUACAUCCCAUCCACGGAUCCAACCAUGCUCGCACGACCAGGAGGUACUCGAGUCUGUCCGGCCAUUGGUCGGCGCGUGCAGGCCUACUUGUCGGCGCUGGCCACCACGAACGCGACGCUCGGAGCUGCGUGCGAUGCGAAGGAGGCGACCCCGUCGGUGGCUGGAUCGGAUGUGGGCAGUACGUGUCGAAAUGGUCGGUCGAUCAAUGGUGGCGAUAGGAUGAACGCGCUCGCGUUGCGUGUGGCAGCUCUCGGUGCCGUGCUGACCCGCUGCUACAUCCCAUCCACGGAUCCAACCAUGCUCGCACGACCAGGAGGUACUCGAGUCUGUCCGGCCAUUGGUCGGCGCGUGCAGGCCUACUUGUCGGCGCUGGCGACCACGAACGCGACGCUCGGAGCUGCGUGCGAUGCGAAGGAGGCGACCCGAUCGGUGGCUGGAUCGGAUGUGGGCAGUACGUGUCGAAAUGGUCGGUCGAUCAAUGGUGGCGAUAGGAUGAACGCGCUCGCGUUGCGUGUGGCAGCUCUCGGUGCCGUGCUGACCCGCUGCUACAUCCCAUCCACGGAUCCAACCAUGCUCGCACGACCAGGAGGUACUCGAGUCUGUCCGGCCAUUGGUCGGCGCGUGCAGGCCUACUUGUCGGCGCUGGCCACCACGAACGCGACGCUCGGAGCUGCGUGCGAUGCGAAGGAGGCGACCCGAUCGGUGGCUGGAUCGGAUGUGGGCAGUACGUGUCGAAAUGGUCGGUCGAUCAAUGGUGGCGAUAGGAUGAACGCGCUCGCGUUGCGUGUGGCAGCUCUCGGUGCCGUGCUGACCCGCUGCUACAUCCCAUCCACGGAUCCAACCAUGCUCGCACGACCAGGAGGUACUCGAGUCUGUCCGGCCAUUGGUCGGCGCGUGCAGGCCUACUUGUCGGCGCUGGCCACCACGAACGCGACGCUCGGAGCUGCGUGCGAUGCGAAGGAGGCGACCCCGUCGGUGGCUGGAUCGGAUGUGGGCAGUACGUGUCGAAAUGGUCGGUCGAUCAAUGGUGGCGAUAGGAUGAACGCGCUCGCGUUGCGUGUGGCAGCUCUCGGUGCCGUGCUGACCCGCUGCUACAUCCCAUCCACGGAUCCAACCAUGCUCGCACGACCAGGAGGUACUCGAGUCUGUCCGGCCAUUGGUCGGCGCGUGCAGGCCUACUUGUCGGCGCUGGCGACCACGAACGCGACGCUCGGAGCUGCGUGCGAUGCGAAGGAGGCGACCCCGUCGGUGGCUGGAUCGGAUGUGGGCAGUACGUGUCGAAAUGGUCGGUCGAUCAAUGGUGGCGAUAGGAUGAACGCGCUCGCGUUGCGUGUGGCAGCUCUCGGUGCCGUGCUGACCCGCUGCUACAUCCCAUCCACGGAUCCAACCAUGCUCGCACGACCAGGAGGUACUCGAGUCUGUCCGGCCAUUGGUCGGCGCGUGCAGGCCUACUUGUCGGCGCUGGCGACCACGAACGCGACGCUCGGAGCUGCGUGCGAUGCGAAGGAGGCGACCCCGUCGGUGGCUGGAUCGGAUGUGGGCAGUACGUGUCGAAAUGGUCGGUCGAUCAAUGGUGGCGAUAGGAUGAACGCGCUCGCGUUGCGUGUGGCAGCUCUCGGUGCCGUGCUGACCCGCUGCUACAUCCCAUCCACGGAUCCAACCAUGCUCGCACGACCAGGAGGUACUCGAGUCUGUCCGGCCAUUGGUCGGCGCGUGCAGGCCUACUUGUCGGCGCUGGCCACCACGAACGCGACGCUCGGAGCUGCGUGCGAUGCGAAGGAGGCGACCCCGUCGGUGGCUGGAUCGGAUGUGGGCAGUACGUGUCGAAAUGGUCGGUCGAUCAAUGGUGGCGAUAGGAUGAACGCGCUCGCGUUGCGUGUGGCAGCUCUCGGUGCCGUGCUGACCCGCUGCUACAUCCCAUCCACGGAUCCAACCAUGCUCGCACGACCAGGAGGUACUCGAGUCUGUCCGGCCAUUGGUCGGCGCGUGCAGGCCUACUUGUCGGCGCUGGCGACCACGAACGCGACGCUCGGAGCUGCGUGCGAUGCGAAGGAGGCGACCCCGUCGGUGGCUGGAUCGGAUGUGGGCAGUACGUGUCGAAAUGGUCGGUCGAUCAAUGGUGGCGAUAGGAUGAACGCGCUCGCGUUGCGUGUGGCAGCUCUCGGUGCCGUGCUGACCCGCUGCUACAUCCCAUCCACGGAUCCAACCAUGCUCGCACGACCAGGAGGUACUCGAGUCUGUCCGGCCAUUGGUCGGCGCGUGCAGGCCUACUUGUCGGCGCUGGCCACCACGAACGCGACGCUCGGAGCUGCGUGCGAUGCGAAGGAGGCGACCCCGUCGGUGGCUGGAUCGGAUGUGGGCAGUACGUGUCGAAAUGGUCGGUCGAUCAAUGGUGGCGAUAGGAUGAACGCGCUUGCGUUGCGUGUGGCAGCUCUCGGUGCCGUGCUGACCCGCUGCUACAUCCCAUCCACGGAUCCAACCAUGCUCGCACGACCAGGAGGUACUCGAGUCUGUCCGGCCAUUGGUCGGCGCGUGCAGGCCUACUUGUCGGCGCUGGCCACCACGAACGCGACGCUCGGAGCUGCGUGCGAUGCGAAGGAGGCGACCCCGUCGGUGGCUGGAUCGGAUGUGGGCAGUACGUGUCGAAAUGGUCGGUCGAUCAAUGGUGGCGAUAGGAUGAACGCGCUCGCGUUGCGUGUGGCAGCUCUCGGUGCCGUGCUGACCCGCUGCUACAUCCCAUCCACGGAUCCAACCAUGCUCGCACGACCAGGAGGUACUCGAGUCUGUCCGGCCAUUGGUCGGCGCGUGCAGGCCUACUUGUCGGCGCUGGCCACCACGAACGCGACGCUCGGAGCUGCGUGCGAUGCGAAGGAGGCGACCCCGUCGGUGGCUGGAUCGGAUGUGGGCAGUACGUGUCGAAAUGGUCGGUCGAUCAAUGGUGGCGAUAGGAUGAACGCGCUCGCGUUGCGUGUGGCAGCUCUCGGUGCCGUGCUGACCCGCUGCUACAUCCCAUCCACGGAUCCAACCAUGCUCGCACGACCAGGAGGUACUCGAGUCUGUCCGGCCAUUGGUCGGCGCGUGCAGGCCUACUUGUCGGCGCUGGCGACCACGAACGCGACGCUCGGAGCUGCGUGCGAUGCGAAGGAGGCGACCCCGUCGGUGGCUGGAUCGGAUGUGGGCAGUACGUGUCGAAAUGGUCGGUCGAUCAAUGGUGGCGAUAGGAUGAACGCGCUCGCGUUGCGUGUGGCAGCUCUCGGUGCCGUGCUGACCCGCUGCUACAUCCCAUCCACGGAUCCAACCAUGCUCGCACGACCAGGAGGUACUCGAGUCUGUCCGGCCAUUGGUCGGCGCGUGCAGGCCUACUUGUCGGCGCUGGCGACCACGAACGCGACGCUCGGAGCUGCGUGCGAUGCGAAGGAGGCGACCCCGUCGGUGGCUGGAUCGGAUGUGGGCAGUACGUGUCGAAAUGGUCGGUCGAUCAAUGGUGGCGAUAGGAUGAACGCGCUCGCGUUGCGUGUGGCAGCUCUCGGUGCCGUGCUGACCCGCUGCUACAUCCCAUCCACGGAUCCAACCAUGCUCGCACGACCAGGAGGUACUCGAGUCUGUCCGGCCAUUGGUCGGCGCGUGCAGGCCUACUUGUCGGCGCUGGCCACCACGAACGCGACGCUCGGAGCUGCGUGCGAUGCGAAGGAGGCGACCCCGUCGGUGGCUGGAUCGGAUGUGGGCAGUACGUGUCGAAAUGGUCGGUCGAUCAAUGGUGGCGAUAGGAUGAACGCGCUCGCGUUGCGUGUGGCAGCUCUCGGUGCCGUGCUGACCCGCUGCUACAUCCCAUCCACGGAUCCAACCAUGCUCGCACGACCAGGAGGUACUCGAGUCUGUCCGGCCAUUGGUCGGCGCGUGCAGGCCUACUUGUCGGCGCUGGCCACCACGAACGCGACGCUCGGAGCUGCGUGCGAUGCGAAGGAGGCGACCCCGUCGGUGGCUGGAUCGGAUGUGGGCAGCGAGCUGCGGUGCGAGCAGACGAACGCGACGCUCGGAGCUGCGUGCGAUGCGAAGGAGGCGACCCCGUCGGUGGCUGGAUCGGAUCGUGCGUAG